AUGCCGCCCAAAGCUGACUGGGAAAAGUACAAGAAGCCCGAUGCCGAUUCAAAGGACGAGGAAAAGAUUGUCGCGCUAGACGAGGGCGACAUCCAGCUUCUCAAGACCUAUGGUCAGGGUCCGUAUGCUGCUUCGCUCAAGAGCAUCGAAAACGAGAUCAAGGAGCUGCAGAAGCGCGUCAACGAAAAGAUGGGCGUCAAGGAGAGUGACACGGGUCUCGCACCACCAAAUCUCUGGGAUCUGCCAGCAGACCGACAGCGCAUGGGCGAGGAGGAGCCUCUCCAGGUCGCACGGUGCACCAAGAUCAUUCGAGCUGAAACUGACAAGGACGGCGAAUCGUCCGAGGGAGGCGCCGCUUCGGGAAGUGCAGGCGGCAGGUCGGGCGGUCUGGGUGGCUUGGGGGGCCUUGGAGGGUUUGGAGGCUCAUCGCACCCCACCGCGGACGAGGAGGACAAAUACGUGAUCAACGUCAAGCAGAUCGCCAAGUUUGUCGUCUCACUGGGUGAACGCGUAGCCCCGACAGAUAUCGAAGAGGGCAUGCGCGUUGGUGUCGAUCGAAACAAGUACCAGAUUCAGAUUCCACUACCGCCCAAGAUCGACCCUUCCGUCACUAUGAUGCAGGUCGAGGAGAAGCCGGAUGUCACCUACGGCGAUGUGGGUGGCUGCAAGGAGCAGAUCGAAAAGUUGAGGGAAGUCGUCGAGCUACCUCUGUUGUCACCGGAACGUUUCGUCAACCUCGGUAUCGACCCCCCCAAGGGUGUGCUGCUCUACGGUCCACCAGGUACCGGAAAGACACUCUGUGCGCGAGCCGUCGCUAACCGCACAGACGCCACGUUCAUCAGAGUCAUCGGGUCCGAGCUCGUUCAGAAAUACGUCGGAGAAGGAGCGAGGAUGGUGCGUGAACUGUUCGAGAUGGCGAGGACCAAGAAGGCGUGCAUCAUCUUCUUUGACGAGGUCGACGCCAUCGGCGGUGCUCGAUUUGACGACGGUGCAGGCGGAGACAACGAGGUGCAGCGAACCAUGCUGGAGCUCAUCAACCAGCUUGACGGUUUCGAUGCGCGCGGCAAUAUCAAGGUGCUCAUGGCCACCAACCGACCGGACACGCUCGACCCUGCGCUGCUGCGUCCCGGCCGUCUCGACCGACGAGUCGAGUUCGGUUUGCCAGACAACGACGGCCGCGCCCACAUUCUGCGCAUCCACGCCCGCUCCAUGUCCGUGGAGAAGGACAUCCGGUACCACCUCAUCGCACGUCUUUGUCCCAACGCCACCGGUGCCGAACUUCGAUCCGUUGCAACCGAGGCGGGUAUGUUUGCGAUUCGCGCACGAAGAAAGAUGGCCACUGAACGCGAUUUCCUCGAUGCGGUCGACAAGGUCAUUCGACAGGGCAGCAAGUUUUCGUCGACGGCUCUGUACGCUCAGUACAACUGA